UUUCCAUCCACAGGAGGUUAUCUUUUUUUUAAUUCCCUGGGAGAUGAUGUUGGAGUGAAGAAUUCAUGCGUAAAAAGGUCACCACUUCUUAAGUGGCCUUCCGAUUUCACCUUCCAGCGUUGCAACAUGGCAUGUGCUUUUUUAUUCGGUGUCAUAACUUUACUCUGCGUGGCGGACGCCGCGUCUGACAUCUGCCGUGGCACGCACUGCUCGUCCGGACAGGAUUGGGGCAGACUGUGCGCAGGAGAGCACUGCGCGGUGGGGCGCACGAACGCAGGAGCGACCCCACGGCAGUUUCAUCACGCGCAAUCCAGAACAAGACAAACCUACCGAGGAUACCAACAGGAUGCGCACGCCGCUCAGUACCAAGCCCAAAGCGCGCCCUUGGUACCGUACACGAUUAUUCAGCCACAGCCAGCCGGCUUUACGCACAGAUCGGUCACGGAUGGCACCAGGCGGACCAACCCGCGAACCAUCACGGCGGAGGUUUUCCAUCCAGGGUGCGCCGGUGGGAUCUGUCCAACCGGUGACUCUCAGCGACCCGCGAGUGAGGAAAACGCAUCACGGGAGUGCAAAGGGUUUGGAUGCAAACUGCCGCUCCUGGUGCGCCAAAAAUCUUGCGUUGGAAACAGUUGUCCCGCAGUUGGAGGCGACGAGGGAAGAACGAGCCCGGUUCAUGUGACGGACAGAGCGGCGCAGUUUUUGGAUGAGCUUCCAGACUUUGGAUCGGAUCUUGGAGGGUCACCAGCGGGGAUACAGCUGACAUGUGACCUCAAACCAAGUUCCAACGAGGUUCCAUCAGAGGACGCUCUAGUGCUGCAGCUGCAGCUGUCUAAGGGCCAGGAGAAGCUCGUUGAGGCCCUUAGGGGCCAGCAGGAGGAGAUCAGGGAGCUGCAGAGGAUCCUAAGUGAACAGCAGGGGGCUCUGGUCAAUCAGCAGAGAGAAAUAGUGGAUCAGCAGAGGAGGAUGCUGGAGCAGAUGGAGCAGGUGAAAGGCCAGUACAACAUUUUGAUGGACAGCAUCAAGCAAACAUCCUUAGAGAACCUCCAGGGGGAACUGGACAGUCACAUGGAAACCUUAAGUGGGCAGAUGAGGGCCCACCAUACAGAGCAGGCCCUGGCCCUGCAUAAAGUGGACAUGGAAGCCAGCAUCAUGGAGGUGGGGCGCCCCCUGCUGGCCUGUGGGAGUUGCAGCUCCGAGGAGUACUGCGGAUUUAGCAGUGGCCAUCCUCGUUGUGAGAGGUGCACCGUCUGUCCUGCUGGCUUCUUUCUGGUCGCCCAGUGUUCUGUCCAUGCAGACAGAAUCUGCCAGGACAGAGAUGAAUGUCUUGAAAUUCCCAAUCUGUGUGGAGAUCCACAGAAAUGCCUCAAUACUCCAGUCUACUAA